GACGGUGCUAUUUUGACGUCACCAAGUUCUCCACUGCGGGGAGUUUCAGUUGGUUUCGCCCCUUGCAUCUGAGAAGCUAUUAUGGGAGAGGUAAAGGAAGGGUAUCUUUGUCCCAUCUGUGUGGAAGAUCUGGGAAACUUCGAGGAGCUAACUGCUCAUUUCGAAGCCAACCACGCUGCCGGCGAGCGAGAUGUUCUGCACUCGCUGAAGGGCUUCAUCGGACGUGCCAGACGAAAGAUCCUCGCGGACUCUCCCGUCGUUGAGGAAGAACAAACGCCUGAUUGGGGACAACAGGAAAUUGGAGUUGUCCAGGCUCACACAGGUACUGUCCGGCUAAUUCGCGGUCGUCGAGUGGAUCGGUACGUAGGGCAGAGCAACAAGCUGCUCAUCCGAUUGACGAAACUUGUAGUGGACGCCCCCAGCGACCCCGAGAUGCGGAAAGCCCGUGAAAGGUCCCUUGUGCCUUGGGUAGAUGAUGCUGACGUCAAACUGUGCCCCAGCUGUGCAAAGGCUUUCAGCAUUUCCCGUCGACGACAUCACUGCCGUUUGUGUGGAGGCAUUAUGUGCCAGCUAUGCUCAGAGUUCCUGGACUCUGCCACUGUUCAGCAGCUGGUGGCGUCUGCUGGGAGCCCAGCUGCCAACGUUGGGGACGAGCCGCUGCGCCUGUGCCGGGACUGCCGCGUGCUCUUGGACCGGCGCCUAUUGCUUCCCGAGCAGCCACCUCCACUGUUGGCUCAAUACGAGCGCAUGCGGAAACUAAUGGAUGAAGCUGAGAAAUUGCUGCCUGGCUACUACCGUCUGAUUGAUGGAAUGAGGGAGGGGCGGUCAGGACUUGAAGAGGAAGCCAAAGCAACAAGGGCACGCCUUUGCCGAAUCGCUGAACAGCUGGACUUAGUCAGCCGACAGAUUGGCAGUGGAGGCACCACGCCUCGCCAGCUUCAGUUACGGGGUGCCCUACGGCUAGCGGCCAGCCACUUCCUACGCCAGGGACUGUUGGGGUUGCCUGGCCUGCCCAAACCACAGCCACAGCCAGAGCAAGGCUGGAGCCCCAACAGCGUGAAGGCGCCACCAGAAGAGGAAGACCCCCUGGCACAACAGAUGGCCAUAAUUCGUGGCUACAUUCAGCAGGCACGGCAAAGCCAACGCUACGAGGAGCUGGCUUCCCUUGAGGCCAACCUGUUGGAGCUUAAGCAGGAGUACCUGCGACGCACCCUUGGCACACCAGGAAAAUAAACACUAAAUUAUA